AUGUUUGAUGAAUAUUUCUACACUGGCUCUUCUUCAAUUCUUGGUGGUGGAAAACUAUGUAAAGGAACAAUUUGUAACUUUGGAGCACGUUGUGAAAAUGGAACCUGCGUUUGCCCAUUAACUUGUCCCCGUACUCUUGAACCUGUGUGUGCCAGUGACAGAAAAACUUACGAGAAUGAAUGCAAAAUGAAACGUGAAGCAUGUGUGCGUAAUGUGGAUUUGCAGGUGGUGGAUACGCGCCCCUGUGAAAAUGAGGUGGAUAACGGCUACUCGGGAGGAGGGUCCGGUGAUAUGACUGACAACAUGCCAAUCUGUGACGAGAUUCUCUGUAAAUAUGGAGGGGAGUGCCAACUGAACGAACAAGGGACAUAUGGUUGUUCCUGUAACUUCAACUGCCAAGCUAUCAGAUCGACAGUUUGUGGUUCAGAUGGACGUACUUACGGAAAUCAUUGUCAGAUGCAGCUUGAAGCUUGUAACGAACAAAGGGAGAUAAUCCAAGUAUCCAUGGAUAAUUGUUUUGACAUCAAUGAAGAGCUAUGUGAUGGCAGCCCACCAUUGAUGGCUCCUUAUCCAUAUGAAUAUAAUUGUUCAUCUAAAUUUAACAACUGUCCGCCUAACAGCUACUGCCAUGAACAGUUCGGCAAAUGUUGCCAGGAAGUGGAUUGUACCUGUAAUGAGAAGGGCUCAAUGAGCAUUACCUGUAACCCCACUACCCGCGAGUGUCGCUGUAAACCAGGGGUCGGUGGUAAACAGUGUAACUACUGCCUCCCUGGCUACUGGGGACUGGCUCUCAACCAGGACAGCGUUGGUUGUGUUCCCUGUAAUUGCCACACACUGGGACGUCUUCGUGGGGACUGUAAUCAGUCCACGGGAGAGUGCUUCUGUCGACCUAAAAUAAAAGGUGCAAAAUGUGAUCGCUGUCCAGAUGGUAGCCGCAUAGUGUCAAGAUAUGGAUGUCCGAAAGAUCCUAAUGUGCUGCCUACUCCACGGACAUGCCGGGAUGUACAAUGCGAUUUUGGAGGUACCUGUGUGGAGUUCGGAAAUCGUGCCUACUGCGACUGCGAAUCCUUGCCUUGCUUUGCCGAGGACUGGCCACGUUCUGUAACUGUGUGUGGAAGUGACCUUAACACCUACCAGUCCAAAUGCGAACUGAAACGGGCUGCCUGUAACCAGCAGACAAACAUCACUGUUGUGUUUAUAGGAGAAUGUGUAUUCCGUGAAAAAACCACGGUAUCACCAUUUAUGAAUGGGAAUCCUCGACGAACACCCCACUACCAUGCUACCACUCCAACAACACAACAUGAAAGGCCUCGAAGCAGUUACAAAACAACACGGCAUGCUGGACCCCCUCCACCUGAGGUCAGCAGUGAGGUGACGCGGACCACUGCGCGACCUGUCACCAACCCACCUCCUCUUGUUGAAGGCAAAAUUUUGGACAUCUGCCUUGAUGACACAUACUGCAGUGUUCAAAACAGCCACUGUCACCUGGGGAUUUGUACCUGUUGGGAUGGCUACAUACCUACAUUAGAUAACACACACUGUUCAGAAGUGAAACAGGUACGUCCUAAUCAUUCUCACCUGUAUGACCAGUCAGCCUGCUCCAUAAACCCGUGUCGUAACGAAGGCUUGUGUGUCCCCGAUGAUCUCCUUGGUUAUCGAUGUUUGUGUCCCCUUGGAAAGAUUGGUCCAAACUGUAAAAGAGAUGCAAUGAUCCAGGUGCCAUCAUUUACCGGAAUGUCAUACAUGUCCGUCACAGAAAUUAAAAAGGCUAACGAUGAUCUCACUAUUGAACUGAGUUUCCGCUCUCUGAAUGCUGAUGGUCUACUUCUGUACAGCAGCCAAUUUGUCAACGGAACCGGGGACUUCAUCUCCUUAACACUUAUAGAUCAAUACGUAGAGUUCAGAUUUGACCUAGGUAGCGGUAUAGCUAUCAUUAGAAGCCCAGAGAGGAUACCCCUGAAUGAGGAUUGUCACGUGAUUGCUAACCGUUUUAAUCGUGAGGGGAUGCUGAUUGUAAAUGAUUUCCCAGGCGUUUCUCAGAUGAGUCCUGCCUCGCUGGUCUCUCUUGAUCUGAAGGGACCUCUGUAUAUUGGCUUUCUUCCAGAACACGCACGGCUUGGUCUGGAAAGAGCUGGUGUGUACGAUGGAUUUGUAGGAUGUGUUAUGUCACUCCAGGCGAGCACAUCUCAGCUAGCUAAAGUGUAUGACUUGACGUAUCCACAAGUAACAGCUGAUAUUUACGAGGCCAGAGAUAUAGGUGAAUGUGGCCAGAAUCCUUGUUCCAGCCUUCCCUGUCAACAUGGUGGGACGUGUCUAAUGUCUGAUGCUGAAAUAUUUACCUGUCUUUGUGAGGAGGGCUACACAGGAGACAACUGUGAAAUCAUCAUGAAUCCAUGUGUGAGUGCAGUAUGUCAACAUGGUGCCACCUGUCGUCAAACACUCGGAGGUACUGGGUACGAAUGUGUCUGUCCAGACAACCGUGAAGGAGAAUUCUGUGAAUAUGAAAAAUUACAUAAGAUAUUUGUUCCGGAAUUUAAUGGUAGUUCCUACAUUCAGUGCCCUCUAGGAGAUGUUAGCAGUACUGCACUCUCACUCAAAGUCUGGUUUUUAACACGUAAACCUAAUGGGGUACUGAUGCAUGCCAGCCAGUUUCCUCAUGGACUCGGGGAUUUUGUAUCCGUAAACAUCGUAGAGCGACACAUCGAGUUCCGCUUCAACAUGGGAAGUGGCACGGUGGUAAUCAGGAGUGAUGAGAAGAUAGAAAUCAAUAAAUGGCAUGAAGUGUAUGUACAGAAAGUAGAUAGGGCUGGGACACUGGUUAUAGACAGCAGUGAGGAACGGCUCACUAUGGCAGAAUCUCAGGGAGGACUGACAGAGCUGAACCUUCAGGAAAGUAAUCUGUUUUUAGGAGGUUUCAGGAAUAACAACACCAUUCCAGUUGACUCUAAUAUCCUCUAUAAUUUUACUGGUGUGAUACAGAGGAUCUAUAUAAAUGGUCGCCUGGUAGACAAUAUUAUGGAGGUGGCUCGAGACGCUGUCAAUAUCCAGGAAUACAUGGGAAAUCCCUGCAACGUCAAUCCCUGUCUCAACGGAGGCGUGUGUGUGCCCAAACUCAACGCUGCUGACUGCAAGUGCCCGAUGAAAUACCUCGGUCAACGGUGUGAGAAACGUUCUGAUGCUAUAAACAAAGACUUGCCUGUUAAAUUUGAUGGACACACCUUUCUUCGAUAUCCAAAUGAAAUAUCCCAUGAGGUUCCAGGACAACGCACAAACAAGUACACAAUAAAAUUUCGAGUUGCAAGAAAUGGUCUCCUCUUGUUCCAACAAGGAGCACUUCCUGUGUUAGAGGAUUACUUGGCCAUCGCUGUGGUGGACGGACGAGUUCAGCUCAGCUACAAUCUUGGUCGUCAGAAUGAAAACGACCUUCAUAUCAUAACAUCAACAGUACCAGUGGACAAUGGACAGUGGCAUACUUUGGUAGUCAACAGAGAUGAAAGACAAGCAACUCUACAGGUAGACGAGGAACGACCAGUGAAAGGUGUGUCCUCUGAGGGAGCCUCACAGCUCGACACUGAUGGCAAUCUCUGGAUUGGAGGAAAAAGUAGCCUGCCACAUGGACUGCCAAAUCAAUACUACGAUGGGUUUAGGGGCUGUAUUGAAGAAGUUUAUAUAAAUGACCAUAAGCUUCAGAUGAUUGACCACAGAAGUGACCAAAGAUCCCCUAUAGUCAGGUUCUGUGUAUGA